UAAUAUCCUGCUGUUCGACAACAUGUACACAUCUCUGUCUCUUCUUGCUACACUUGGCUCUCUGAGCUACGCUGCUGCUUUGCCUGCCUUCCCCCAGCUUGAAGUUCGUCAAUCGGCAGCGAGUGUCAAUGCUUCGCUGGGCAAUGUCACAAUCUUCGGAACCGGUAUGUUGAUGUCCAUUGAGAAUNGUGGCACCAUUGCUGGUUCAGCUGGCUCCGGAGUUCAGACCACAGGUUACACUGCAGGAGCAGUUGCCAUCCAAACUUUGAUCGAUGCCGUCCCUCAGCUGCUCAACAUCUCAAACAUCAAUGGCGUACAGGUCUCCAACGUCGACUCAGGCAACAUCAAUGCCACUGUCCUCUUGGAGUUGAACCGUCGGAUUACCGCCGAGCUUGCUAAGAACACCUCGACUGGUGCUGUGGUGACCCACGGCACCGACACUCUUGAAGAGACUGCUUUCUUCUUGGACCUGACCGUAGCAUCCAAGAAGCCUGUCGUUGUCGUAGGAGCAAUGCGUCCUUCUACUGCUACCUCUGCAGACGGUCCUCUGAACUUGUACCAGGCCGUCACUCUGGCUGUUACUCCCGAAGCCAAGGGCCGCGGCACCAUGGUCACACUGAACGACCGCAUUGACAGUGCCUUCUACGUGGUCAAGAACAAUGCAAACUCUUUGGACACCUUCAAGGCAAUUGAAGAAGGCCAUCUUGGCUUCUUCUUGGACUCGGUGCCUCAGUUCUACUACUCGGCCGCAACACCCCACGGCAAGCCUUUCUUCGAUCUUGCUCCUUUGAACCUGACUUCUCUGCCUCACGUUGACAUCCUCUACGGUCACCAAGACAGCAACCCCGAGCUCAUCCGUGCUUCCGCGGAGUCCGGUGCCGAAGCCAUCGUCUUUGCAGGCACUGGCGCCGGCGGCUGGACCACCAAGGGCAGACAAGUUGCCCAAGCCGUCUACAACGAGACUGGAAUUCCAUUGGUCUUCUCCACCAGGACUAUGAACGGCUUUGUCUCUCCCGAAGACAACGACUGGUCCAUCUCCAGCGGCAACCUUGACCCUCAGAAGGCUAGAAUCUUGCUUCAGUGUGCUCUUGCUGUUGGUUACAACACCACGCAAAUCGCCGAUAUCUUCAGUGCUCUCCAGGUCGAA